AUGUUCAUGGGUUAUGGGAUCGGCCGGUCAAAGGGGCCGGUCAUUGUGGACAGAAACGUCACCGUGCGCGGCGACUACUGCCCCGGCGGCUGCUCGGCGCCGCCGCCGCUGCCCCAGAUCGAUUUUUCGCUGUUGGACGGGGUGCUGCUGCUGCGCGCGGGGCGCGUGUUGACGUUCAAACAUCUGGUGGUCACGUUGAUACGCUACGGCCCCGGCGCGGGCGCCGAGUUUUUGAGGGGCGAGGGCCCCACAUCCAUUCUCCGCUUCGACGACGUGGCCUGGCGGCGCCCGGUCUGCCUGCCGGCGGACGUGCCGCAGGCAGACGUGGACGCGUCCCCAGUGCGGACCGCGGCGUCGGCGCCGAACAGGACGUUGGCCGCGCAGGUGGAGGCGGACACGGGGCCCGGGGGCUUCCAAUUUGUGCCCGGCCGCCAGUGCCUCAACGGGGAGUGCUUCGACGGCGUGCUGAGGGUCCCGGCGGCGCAUAUCUUGAUAGAGCCGCGGUCGCAGGGGGAGCUCGGGGGUAUGGACGGCGGCGGGCCGGGGUCCGGCGUCACUGGAGCUUACAUGUGGGAGAUCAACAACCUGACGCGGUACUGCCUUAAAGAGGUCAGCCGCGACUGCCUGGACAGCCUGGGGCCGGGGCCCUGCUACGACCAAGCCUUCCGGGAGUACCAGUCCGAACAGGACGCGUCGGGGGUCUGGGGCGCGCCGCCGCAGAGGCAGUGGCAGUCUGUCGCGCUUGGAGCAGGCCUGGGGGCAGCCCUGGGUGUUGUGUUGAUAGCGCUGGCCGCUGUCCUUCUACUGGGCCUGCGCCGCCGCCGGCGCGCAGCCGCAGAGGCCGCCGCGUCGCGCGGCCAACCCGGCCCCCGGGAGCCGGAGCUGCGGCCGGCGUGGGCGCUGUGA